UCUAUCUCAAGCAAGUCGAGGAGCUUCACAGGGAAGCAAGUUGGAGAGAUUCACAGGCGAGCACGUAAGAUUUACUCAGAAGAUUGGAUGUGGCCUUGUGAGCUUCUAGAACUGCUGAUGGGGAAGCAUGUGCACGCUUGAGGGCGAACACUAGCACACGUGAGGCAGUGUAUAUCUGCGGUGGUUUGAUCUGUGGGUUUUUGGUGUUGAGGUUGGUGGGUUAAUCAUGGUUACGCAGCAAUUGAUCCGGAUUCUUGUAGCUGGGUUUACAGUAUCGUAGAUGGGAGGCAAGGAGUGGUCGGUUGUGGUCGUUGUUCCAUGAAUCGGGUGCUGUGUUUUCCGGAGGCGCGGAAACCUGGUCUGGUAGCGCGUGAGAGCAAGGACGAAUGCACCGGCGAUGGUGUUCAUAACGUGAGUGAUACACAACGCUUCCAUACGAAUGAGACGCUGCAAAGACGCUCCGUAAGUAGGAAGCUUCUUUUCCUCCCGGGACGCCAGCACGGCUGCUGAGGUCCUAUCGAAACGGCACCAGCAUUGCUGCCGGACGGCGACGGACUGUUGACGGACUGCUACUGAUGGGAUACGCCCUAAGGCAAAGUGGAAGAAAAAUAUGGGUGGUACACCUGGAUCCGUGAGAAGGAACUCCACUGGUGAUUUCGGCUUGUACUCGUGCCCCAUUUCAUCUCAUUCGAUCCGGUCAGAGUAGGAGAGAGCCCUUUGCAGGCUUCAAAGAGAGCUAGCUACUAUUAAAGAAAUAGCCUACGUAACUGGGAACGAUCAGUACCUAACUCAGUAUUAGGCGCUGACGAUCCAGCUAGGUCGCGGCAUCGGACAAGCAAGCGAAUUACGUCGUCGACCAGACACUCGAUCCCAGUCUAGUGCAUCAAGCAAUAAAUUUGGUCAUUUUGCGUAGAAUUAUUCUUAAGUCAAUAUUUUGUCCGCUUUCCUCUUCUCUACAGUACUCUCGAUGCUCUGCAGUCUACUCUAUCCUUCGAGGUUGACCGCCAUGGCUUGACGCUUGCCGCUCACCACAGCGUCAUCGCUUGUUGGGGUGCACCGCUGCAGUGACCUUUUGAUGUGUCCCAGAGUCGGUUCGCUAGACGAUGGAGAUUGUAGCGACUUCCCCCGAAUCACAACCAUUGUAAGUUCAAAUAGCCUCGAGCAUUGUCGCUAGGAUGCUAGGUGGUACCGGAGUGGAAGUAACGAUGGUGGAGUUUCACAUGGAUUGUAGACGACAAGGCUGGUAACGUCACAAUGUAGGAACUCGUUGAAGCUGGAGUGGGACUAAACAUGUCAAAGCAGAAGCUGCCCAAGCUGUGGGCAGGCUUCGCACUCCUGAGCAUUAUUCUUGUGUGCUACCCAAUCCUCGCCCUUUCAGGAGUACAUUCCUCGUCUCCAGAUUCCAAGGGUGUCCCAUCUCGACGCAAGCUAGCCAGAAUCCACAGGCAUCUACACAGAAUUAAUAAACAAGCCGUAACAACUAUUCAGAGUGUGGAUGGCGAUGUCAUCGACUGCGUCGAUAUUAGCCGGCAACCUGCCUUCGACCACCCUGCAUUGGCCAACCACACUGUCGAAAAUCCACCAGAAAUGCUCCCCUUCACCGCAGAGGGAUCAAAAACGGCAUUUGCAUACAGUGCUCCAAGAUUCCGACCUCAGCUAUGGCAUCAAAGUGGGCUGUGCCCUGAAGGCACGGUCGCCAUUCGACGCACACUGAUGAAAGAUGUGUUGCGAUCAGGCAGCUUCGCAAGUUACAGAAAGAAAAGAAACGGCCUGGCUUCGGUGCCGCAACCGAAGAAACCCCAUUCCAUGUCUGAAAACGGCCACGAGCAUGCAAUUGGGUACAUGCAGGGUGAUACUUACUAUGGAGCACAGGCAACCAUAAAUGUUUGGAGUCCCAGUGUCCAAGUGCCCAGUGAGUUCAGCCUCUCUCAAAUGUGGCUUCUCGCUGGCUCCUUCACCGGGGACCUCAAUAGCAUUGAGGCUGGCUGGCAAGUGAGCCCUCAAUUGUAUGGAGACUACAGCCCAAGGCUUUUCACAUAUUGGACGACAGAUGCUUACCAGGCAACAGGAUGCUACAACCUUUUGUGCUCUGGGUUUGUCCAAACGAGUAAUGAGAUUGCUAUAGGAGCGGCUGUCACUCCCGUUUCCAGUAUUGAUAGUUCGCAAUAUGAUAUUCGCAUCCUUAUCUGGAAGGACCCAAUCAAAGGCAAUUGGUGGAUGCAGUUCGGAGAAAGUUACCUUGUAGGCUACUGGCCUGCAGCGAUAUUCACACAUCUAGCAAGUAGUGCGACAAUGUUAGAGUGGGGAGGGGAGGUGGUAAACACACAACCUUAUGGCCACCAUUCGGCCACCAGCAUGGGAAGUGGCCAGUUUGCAGAGAAGGGCUUCGCACAGGCUAGCUACGUGCGGAACAUCAAGUAUGUGGAUGCAAACAAUGUGCUCAAAACUCCUGUGGGAAUGCAAACGCUAGCUGAGCACCCAAAUUGUUACGACAUUCAAAGUUCUGUCAACCCGGAAUGGGGUGCCUACUUUUAUUACGGAGGACCAGGUCAAAACUCCAAUUGCCCCUAGGGUGCAGGGACUAACUAUAGUGGUAGAAGAAAUUUUCUGUGCUGGAGACUCUGCAUUGUGGAAGAAAAUGUUCAGAUAACUGUCCAACAUCGAGCAGUAGAGUAUAAUAAACCAGGCUGCAGGACAAACAAAGCCAGUCAGGCAAGGUGCAUUUGUGAUCCGAUGGCGUCACACAAUUAUGUUGACGCAAUGGAUCAUACAUUCACCCUGCAACACCAUAGGCUAAUGCAGAAAAAACUGCAACUGUUUCACAAGUGUAGAUAGUGUCUACUAGAAGAAUUUGACAACUCUACAAAUACUAUUACUCCUAACAUAUUUAUCUGAACAAGAAAUUACCAACUUCAUAGCUAAAAAUACAUGUUUUUUUUUU